AUGAGCUUCUUUUGGAUCACAGGAUUGUGGGUUAUAGCCUUAGUGGUUGUGAGGAUUAGCCAUUGGUGGUACCGAUGGUCCAACCCCAAGUCUAAUGGCAAGUUACCUCCAGGAUCAAUGGGCUUCCCGAUCAUCGGAGAGACGCUCGAUUACUUUAAGCCUCAUGGAUUCUACGAGAUCUCCCCAUUUCUCAAGAAAAAGAUGUUAAGGUAUGGGCCAUUGUUUCGAACGAACAUUCUUGGAGUUAAAACCGUGGUUUCGACCGAUAUGGAUGUGAACAUGGAGAUUUUACGGCAAGAGAACAAGUCUUUCAAUUUAAGUUAUCCCGAUGGUUUAGUGAAACCAUUGGGAAAAGAUAGCUUGUUCUUCAAGACAGGAAAUAUCCACAAGCACAUCAAACAAAUCAGUAUGCGUCUUUUGGGAUCCGAGAAUUUGAAGCGGAAGAUAAUAAAAGAUAUGGACCGCGUGACACGAGAACAUCUUAGUUUGAAGGCUAACAAAGGAAUAUUCGAGAUUAGGGACUUGAUAACAUCACACUUGACACCAAAACUGAUAAGUAAUCUCGAAAAAGAGACUCAAGGAAAGCUUAUGGAUAACUUCAAGGCCUUUAGUUUUGAUUGGUUUCGAACAUCUUAUAUACUCUCUGCCGGGAAUGGUCUCUACAAUACCCUUUGGGUAUGCAAAGAGGGGAUGCAGUUGAUGAAGGAUAUAUACAUGACGAGGAAAACGUCGAGAGAGAAGUACGAUGACUUCUUAAACACGGCAAUAGAAGAGAUAGAGAAAGAUGGAAGCUUAGUGAACGAUGAUGUGAUUGUUAGUCUCAUCUUCACUCUUUUAUGUAUUACUCAAGAUACCACCUCUAAGGCCACUUGCAUGGCUGUGAAAUUCGUAUCGGAAAACCCAAAAGUUCUCGCAGAGUUGAAGAGAGAACAUGAGGCGAUUCUUGCAAGCAGAAAAGACAAAGAAGGUGGAGUUACUUGGGAAGAAUACAGACACAAGAUGACUUUUACCAACAUGGUCAUCAAUGAGUCCCUUCGAUUGACAAACUUGGCUCCUAUGAUGUUUAGAAAAGCCGUGAAGGAUGUGGAAAUCAAAGGAUACACUAUUCCAGCCGGUUGGAUAGUGAUGGUUAUACCUUCAGUCGUUCAUUUUGAUCCUGAAAUAUAUGAAAACCCUUUUGAAUUUAAUCCAUGGAGAUGGGAGGGGAAAGAGUUGCGGUCUGGGUCUAAAACGUUCAUGGUGUUUGGAGCUGGAAUCAGACAAUGCGCUGGUUCAGAGUUUGCGAGGCUUCAGAUUUCAAUAUUCCUUCAUCAUCUUGUCACCACUUACAGUUUUUCACUGUCCAAAGACUGCGAGGUGAUUCGGGUACCAGGUGCUCUCUUCCCCAAUGGCAUCUCUAUGAACAUCUCCAAAGUGUCCUAA